ACCCACGACUUCAUCUAAGUUGCUGUAGCAAUUAUCUCUUCUCCUUCCUUCCUUUCCUUUCCCUUCUCACACAAAACAAAAUGAGCCGAGGAGGACGCGGUGGACGCGGUGGCUUUGGUGGUGGCUUUGGUGGUGGUCGUGGAGGCCGUGGGGGUGCUCCUCGAGACUUCGGCCCUCCAGAUACAGUUCUUGAAAUGGGUACAUUCAUGCAUGCCGUAGAAGACGAGAUGCUCUGCUCCUCCCUCAUGCCCGACAAAGUUCCCUACUUCAAUGCACCCAUCUAUCUUCAAAACAAAUCUGUCAUUGGCAAGGUCGAUGAAAUUCUAGGACCAAUAAAUGAAGUUUACUUCUCCGUGAAGAUGGGCGAGGGUAUGGUCGCCAACAGCUUCAAAAAAGGCGACAAGGUCUACAUUGGUGGGGAUAAGCUACUGCCAAUAGACCGGUUUCUGCCCAAACCGAAAGUGGCGGGAGGCGUCGCGAAACGAGGGCGGGGUGCUGGUAGGGGUGGUCCAGGCGGAAGGGGCGCGCGUGGUGGAUUUGGUGGUGGCCGGGGUGCACCAAGAGGUCGCGGAGGGUUCGGAGGAGGCAGAGGUGGUGAUCGUGGUGGUGGUAGAGGUUUUGGAGGGGGCGGUAGAGGUUUUGGUGGAGGUGAUCGCGGUCGUGGUAGAGGAGGUGGCGGAUUCCGUGGUGGUCGUGGCGACCGAGGCUACAGAGGAUCAUGAGCAAUAUACGAUCCGUUCUUUGGCCCAUUUUGACCUUCCACUCCUGCGUAUCCAUAAGACCUUUUCUGCAGAGCCGAGUUGACGAGACCUGAGACCAUACCACAGAACGCAGCUCGUAUUCGAAACAGUGUACAUACAUUGACGACCGAUUGACUGAGAGACCAUCGCAGAGCUACGGUUUCCUUCUUUCGAAGACUGGCUUUAGUACACUUAACUGUCCUACACAGAGUAGUCGUUGAGUGCGGAGCGUGUGAAACAUGACCAUCGCCGCUUCCUCAGUCCUGCACUUUCGCAUUAU